UUUUUUUUUACCUAACUGCAGGGUUUCAGGCGUCCAGUCCUGUCAAAAAUUUGCACCAGUGGAAAAAUCCUAGCAUCUCUUAGUAGUAAUGAUACAUUGGAUGUACGUCGUUGAUGCAACUUUCUCCAUGUCGUCUUGUUUCUUUAUCUAGCGAAAGGGGCACUCUACAAUUAUGGAGUUUUGAAAAGGAAAGUGAGAAUUUUGGGGGGAAAGGCGUCCUUUCCCCUCCAGUGUGAUGGUUGGACUGCUGGACGAGAAGGAGGGUUGUUGAAAAUUUGCCUUUUGUAAAUGAUCAAGAGUAUUUAGAGGAAAAACUAUUUUUGCAAACAUUUGAAAUGUACAAUUUUGUAUAAAACGCACAAGAGGUUUUGUAUUUAUUAAAUUUUUGAUGCCAUCGUAUGCUGCAAGCACCUUAGUUUGUGUUCAACUCCUGGUUGAAAUGGUGGACUGAAACCAGUCGCCAAAAGGCUCUGGGGUCGCUAGGGUGCAGUGGAACCUCAACACAAGCACAAUUCUAGCACUCCAAACCAUCUUCAAUCUUUUGUUGACACAUUUUUUCUUCAUGUAGCUACUGUUUCUUCUUGGAGAGCAUCUCUGUUAUAGUACACAAUUGUAGUGACAGUGUUUUCGAUUUGUUACUUAACAUUAUAUUGUUUUAUUAGUUUUCUUUUUUGCAAUUGUGGGUUUUGGGCUGAAAGAGGGACUUUGUAAUAGAAAAGGGAGGGGGUUUACUCUGAGGGUUUGUCGGGGGUCAGGAUGAGUUUGCCACUGCUGGAUUGCACCCCCAAAUGCCGCUCACAGCAGCAUGCAGACGAGGUGGUAGCGGCACUAACGGGAGGCUCGGAGGGGCAGCUGCGGGCAUUCUUGACAUCACACUGCCACAAUGCGGCCACCUUGCGAGAUGCCUUUGGUCGCACAGCCCUGCACCUGGCAUCCUCACUGGGAAAGAAGACCCUGCUGGAGUGGCUGCUGGAGAGUAAGAGUGCUGACCUGAUGGUGAAGGAUAAGGAGUCCAGCUGGACCGCUCUGCAUCGCAGUGCUUUCUACGGACAGAUCCACUGUCUCAUAUCGCUGGUCAAGCAUGGAGGACUACUUUCCACUCACGACAAGGAGGGUCUCUCUGUCCUGGACCUUACAAUGAAGGACAGACCAUCACAUGUUGUGUUCAAAAACACCGACCCAACUGAAGUAUACACAUGGGGAAACAAUACUAAUUUCAGUCUCGGGCAUGGUAAUCAGGAGAGCCGACAGCACCCUGAGCUUGUGGAUGUGUUUGCCAGGACAGGGGUUUACAUCAAGCAGGUGGUCCUGUGUAAGUUCCACUCUGUGUUCCUGUCUCAGAAAGGCCAGGUCUUCACCUGUGGGCAUGGCCUGGGAGGACGACUUGGUCAUGGAGAUGAACAAACUUAUCUGGUUCCCCGGAUGGUGGAGGGUCUAAUGUCCCACCACUGCUCCCAGGUGGCAGCAGCUAAAGACCACACAGUGGUGCUGACAGAAGAAGGCUACGUGUACACUUUUGGCCUCAACACCUUCCACCAGUUAGGUCUGGCUCCUCCUCCUGCCUCAGCUCAGGUCCCUAAACAGGUGUUCUCCAAGACGCUGAAAGGCAGGACAGUGAUUGGAGUUGCAGCAGGGAGGUUCCACACAGUGCUGUGGACCAGGGAGGCUGUCUACACAAUGGGACUCAAUGGAGGCCAGCUGGGUUACUUGCUCGAUCCUAAUGGAGAGAAGUGUGUGACAGCCCCCCGGCAGGUAUCGGCCCUAUACCACAAGGAUGUCACCAUAGCUAUGGCAGCAGCUAGUGAUGGAGCAACAGUGGUUGUGACUGAGAAGGGGGACGUCUACCUGUUGGCUGACUACCAGUGCAAGAAAAUGGCUUCAAGGCAGCUGAACAUCAGGAAGGUUCUGGUCAGUGGUGGUAGUCUGGACCACCGUGUAGUUCCACAGCUCCUGAAUGAGGGAGGAGGGGAAAAGGUGGCCAUCCUGGCAUUAGAUGAAGCUGGAAGGGUGUUCUGCUGGCGGUCCUCUGGAAGCUCGGUGAGACAGUGCCGGUGGGCGUAUGGGCGUCAGGUUUUCAUGUCGGACAUAGCUCUCAGCAAGAACGGCAUGAUGUUUGUGACUCAGGAGGGGGAGGGCUUCAGUGGCGUGUGGGCUGGAGAAUAUAAAAAGUACGGGGAGAAGAAAGAGGGCAGUGUGGAGGUUUGUGGCCAUUCUGAUGCGGGGACAGUGUAUGAGCGAAUCCGCCGAAAACUCCCAUAUGUCCACAGAGCUGUCAGCAUCACCAUGGACUCUAAAGGCCGAAAUUUUGGAGUGCUUCAGUCCGACCCCAAAACAAGUUUGUAUGAGAUUCCCAGCAUUUUUCCAUCCUCCUUCUCCCAACACUUCCGGCGCCUUCUGGAUGAGGCGGACGAAACGGACAGCAUCCAUGAUGUGACCCUUCAGGCCGGUGAUCGCACCUUCCCUGCCCACAAGUACAUCUUGUCCAUGAGGUCCGAGUUCUUCCGGAAGCAGUUUAUGUCUGAGAAUGGCAAGGUUGAUGAGGAUCUUGAUGGAGAAGUGAGGAGGAGCGAAGAUGCUGUGGGCUGUGAUUUAAUCAUUUUGGAGAAGAUCCCACCAGACAUGCUGGAAUACGCCCUGCACUUCAUCUACACAGACUCCUGUGAGCUGCUGGUGCAUGGGGCCCGGCCGAGAGUCUCAGGGGCCUUGACUGGACAAAACCAGGACUCUGAGCAGGAGAGGCUUAUCAGCAGCCUGCAGGACUUGGGCCUGAGAGGCCGUUCAGCCCUCGAGGUGUACCGCUCCCUUCCCCCUGCAACCAAAGGAGACGGUGACAAGGCCAAGAGCAAGUUUGCCAAGCCUGGCAAGAAGGGAAAAGGAGGCAGAGGUGACAAGGCCGGGGCCAACGAGGGAGGGGCCAACCCUGUGAAAACCUUACAAGGUGUUGCAAAAAAGCUGGGCCUGGGAAGCCUGUCUGCACGACUGGACGGAGUCAAAUAUGAAAAUGGAAAGAUCAAUGUUAUAAACAAGAAAACUGGCAACAAACCCAAAUUCUACCAGAAAAAAUGCUCCUAUCUUUGUGAUGUUACUCUGAAAUCUGAAGAUGGGAAAGAGUUUCCAUGUCACAAAAGUGUCCUCUGUGCAAGACUAGAAUACUUCAAUAGUAUGCUUGGAAACCCCUGGAUCGAGGCCACAUCCUGCACUGCACUGGAGAUGCCUACCAGCUCAGAGAUUCUACAGGCCAUUCUCGAGUACAUUUACACAGACGAGUGUCCCACCAUCAAAGAGUCUUUGAAUGUGGAGUUUGUCUGCAACGUAUUGGUUGUGGCUGACCAGCUGCUUAUCACCAGACUGAAGGAGAUGUGCGAGGUUGUCAUCACCGAGAACUUGACUCUGAAGAAUGGUGCGGAGCUGCUGGAGUUUGCCACCAUGUACAACGCAGAGCAACUUAAACUCUCCUGUCUCCAGUUCAUUGUGCUCAACGUGGCCGCCCUGCUGGAGUCAAAGGCGCUGGAUAUUCUUAGUGAUGAAGUGCUUGUGGAGCUUUCUGCAGCCUACAGGAGGAUGAUCCCAGCCAUGCAGAAGAGGGUUAUCACUCCAUAUCCUGGCGCCCCAGACCUCAGUGUGUAUGAGGAUGAGGAUUUGGACUCAGCGUUUCGCCCCAAAUCAGAAGCAGAACUGGAUCACUCCUGCAGGGAAAUCCUGUUAAAGAAGGCCAAGAUGAAGGCUAAAAAGAAACCAAGGCGACGCUCUGACAGCUCAGGAGGCUACACUCUCUCUGAUAUCAUUCAAAGCCCCCCUGCUGCAGUGGUCUCCCCGUGCCUGGUAAAGUCAGGCAGGGCUAACUCAACAGAGUCCCUGCAAGAACUGCUCACAUCCGACUCUGAGGGCAGCUACAUGGGAGUGGGCAGUCCCCGAGACAUGCAGUCACCUGUCUUCCACGACAGAGCCGAGGAUGAGAAGGCUUUCAGUCAGAGGCUAAAGACCCCACCCAGUACCCCGACCUCCCUGAAAGAUCUCCCAACUCCCCCCAACUCUGCUCCACAAAUCAUCCCCAAGAUCCUUCCCUGUGCUGCUCGUCCACCCCCAGUCUUGGAUCUGAGAACCAUCAUGGACAUGGAGGCCAACUCUCUGCAGACCCUCGGAGCAACUCCUAAAAGCCCUGGAAGUGUCAGCACCAGCAUUAAGCACUCCACUGUUCCCACUAAACUGUCCCAGAAGCAGAGGAAGAUGUUGGCCAUGGCCAACAAAGAGGCCAGUAUGGAGUCCACUGCAUCCAAACCAACCCCCACAGUCACCCCAUCCAAAAGCAGUGGGAAGGCCUGGGCAACAGCGGUGCAGUCCCCACCCUCCUCAUGCUCCUUUCGAGCGCUGCUGGAAGAGGAGGAGAACUGUCUGAUCAGAGUGGGACAAACAGGAGCCCAGAGGGCCCUAGGGGCCCAGGUGUCGCCUGUCACCUCUACUUCUGCAACCAGGAGGGUCACGUUCAGAUGUGCCGAAAGCAGUGAGCCAGAGCGACCCACUGGGCCCUGGGUGCUAGGAGCAGUGGGCAGCCCUCCCCUCUCCUCCCUUGUGACCUUUGCCUCCAUCGUGGAGGAGGAGAAGGAGCAGGAAGCAGCGCUGAUACGCAGCCGCGAGAAGCCACUGGCGCUCAUCCAGAUUGAAGAGCGGGCAAUCCAAGACCUUUUGUUCCAUUAUAAAGCACGCAACAAUCCCGAUGAGCUGAUAGUGGUGGAGAGGUCUUCCAGAGGUCCUAUGGCAGUCCCAACCUGGAACAAACACUGAUGUUUAGCAGCACAGCCGCUACAUACCGUCAAAGUGAGAACAUCCCCUGCAGUUGUCCCUCUGUAUUAUUGGCUGCGUCCCUGCUGCAGCUUCCCAGAAAUAUCCUGUGAUCUAUCAGUCCGUGUUGAGAUGCACCUCAGACUCCAGCCCGCUGUGGGAUGGGUUUGAUGCUAAUGUAUGUUCGUCUCUGCAGUGUUACUUUAAGUUUUAUCUUAUUGCUGCUCAACAUUUUUUUGUAUGAGUGAGAGGGAACGAGUGUUCUUUCUGACUUUAUGCGCUCCUGUAGAGACGUUUUGGGUUGUGGGAUUACUCAUACUUGUUUGAUUUUUGUUUUCUUAUAGUGGGAUUAUAUUUUACUUGGCAAACCAAUGAUACGAAAAGUAAAAAAAACUUUCCCAAAUGAAUAUGUGAAGUUUAAGUUGCCAAAGAAAUGGAGAUGUUCAAGCCACAAAAUGGGUCCAAAUUGUGUCACCUUGAGUUCGUGUGUGUGUGUGUGUGUGUGUGUGUGUGUGUGUGUGUGUGUGUGUGUGUGUGUGUGUGUGUGUGUGUGUGUGUGUGUGUGUGUGUGUGUGUGUGUGUGUGUGUGUGUGUGUGUGUGUGUGUGUGUGUGUGUGUGUGUGUGUGUGUGUGUGUGUGUGUGUGUGUUAAAUCAGUGGAAUCUCUUAAUGUGAUGGAGAAAGUAAGAGUGCCAAUUAUCAACUUUGGCAGAGCAUCAUUUGUACUUGAGCUGUUUACCAAGGCACUAUGUUUAGUUUAUUUUUAUGGUCCGUUCUUCUUCUUGAUACUUUGAUCAUUUUGAUUGAUUGCUUCAGCUGGUUUGCAGUGACAUGGUAAUCUUGCUGGCCUCGGUAAAUAUGUGUAUUUUAAAUAUGACUGAAAUACAUUUUUCAUGUUUAAAAUAUAUUAUUUGAUGCAGUUAUAGUAAAUGGUGAUUGUGUGGAGCUGGCAGUCACUAGUUAUCACUAGUGUGUUUCAGGGAAGGUGGUGUGCCUUUAUCAAAUAAUGACUACAGAUACAGCAGCUAAAAUAUAUUUUUUCCUCUGCAUUAUUUAGUUGUUUUACCCUCCAGCUUUUCUGCUGAAGCUAAUGUAAGCUUGGUAGGUACUUACCUUCUGAUCUUGACCAUGUGAUAUUGUCUUCAGAUGCCAUUUGUGUGUGGAGACAUCAGGAUGUGACUAGAAAAUGGCAUGUAAUAAAAUGUCUCACCUGUGCAAUGA